AUGGAGCUCGCAUUUUACGUUCGAAGCGCACGGAUCAAGCGCACAAAACGGGCCCUAGCCUCACACUUACGUUCGACGUACCCGUCCCACUCUCUUACGCCCAUCAAACUCCCUCCCGCCGUCGCCCUACUGCCCAUCGCUCUCCCUAGCGCUCGUCGCACUCACUUCCGCCGCCACCUUCCCUUCCGCCCGUCGCACUCACCUCCGCCGUCACCUUCCCUUCCGCCCAGCACUCAUUUCCGCCGUCGCCAUCCCUUACGCCUGCACCCUCCCUUCCGCCGUCGCCAUCCCUUCCCCCCGACACCUUCCCUUCCGCCUGUCGCACUCACUUCCGCCAUCGCCCUCCCUUCCGCCGUCACCUUCCCUUCCGCCCAGAGCACUCAUUUCCACCGUUUCCAUCCCUUCCGCCCGUCGCUCUCGAUUCCACCGUCGCACGGCGUUACGCCCUCACCUUCCCUUCCGCCCGUCGCCGUCCCUUCCGCCGUCGCCUCCCUUCCGCCCGUCACCGUCCCUUCCGCCGUCGCCCUCCAUUCCGCCCGUCGCCCCCCUUUGUCUCGUCGCGCUCCCUGUUGCUCAUCGCCCUCCCUCCGGCUCGUCCCCUCACAAUCCCCGUAUCUCUCGCCCCUCGUCGCCCUGGCAUUCCCGUCAAUGCUUCCCCCGUGUCCCUUCUCUGCUUCUCCCCAUGUCCCCGUCCCUGCUACCCCCCACGCCCUUCCAUGCUUCCCCCCAUCCCCUUCCCUGCGUCCCCAUGUCCCUUUCCCUGCUUCCCCCCAUCCCCUUCCCUGCUUCCCCGUGUCCCCUACCCUGCUUCACCCCAUCCCCAUUCCUGCUUCCCAAUGUCCCCUUCCCUGCUUCCCCAUGUCCCUUUCGCUAAUUCCCCCCAUCCCCUUCCCUCCUUCCCCCCAUUCCCUUCCUUUAUAUUCCCCCCAUCCCCUUCCCUGCUUCCCCAUGUCCCCUACCCUGCUUCCCCAUGUCCCUUUCCCCCAUCCCCUUCCCUUCUUCCCCCCAUCCCCUUCCCUCAUAUUCCCCCAUCCCCUUCCCUGCUUCCCCAUGUCCCCUUCCCUGCUUCCCCAUGUCCCUUUCGUUAAUUCCCCCCAUCCCCUUCCCUUCUUCCCCCCAUUCCCUUCCCUUAUAUUCCCCCAUCCCCUUCCCUGCUUCCCCAUGUCCCUUUCCCUGAUUCCCCCCAUCCCCUUCCCUUCUUCCCCCCAUCCCCUUCCCUUCUUCCCCCCAUCCCCUUCCCUCAUAUUCCCCCUGUCCCCUUCCCUGCUUCCCCCUUCCCUUUCCGUGAUUCCCCCCGGCCCCUUCCCUCAUAUUCGCCCUGUCCCCUUCCCUGCUUCCCCCUUUCCUUUCCCUGAUUCCCCCCAUCCCCUUCCCUUAUAUUCCCCCAUCCCCUUCCCUGCUUCCCCAUGUCCCCUUCUCUGCUUCCCCAUGUCCCUUUCGCUAAUUCCCCCCAUCCCCUUCCCUUCUUCCCCCCAUCCCCUUCCCUCAUAUUCCCCCAUGCCCUUCCCUCAUAUUCCCCCUGUCCCCUUCCCUGCUUCCCCCUUUCCUUUCCCUGAUUCCCCCCAUCCCCUUCCCUCAUAUUCCCCCAUUCCCUUCCCUUAUAUUCCCCCAUCCCCUUCCCUUCUUCCCCAUGUCCCCUUCUCUGCUUCCCCAUGUCCCUUUCGCUAA